AUGUGUGGGCAGCGUGAUGACAACUUUUAUGAGCUAAUAUCCAUCCUCACAGAAUCUUCCUAUUCUGACCAAUGGAUUAAAAACUGCCUGGAAACAGAGAUUCAUCCUGCGAAAAAACCUAAUGUAAUUCGAUCUACACCAAGCCUGCAAACCCCAACUACCAAGCGAAUGCUUACCACCCCGAAUCACAUGGCCCUGAGCAUUCUGGGGAAAAGAAACUACAGUCACCACAAUGGCCUGGAUGCCAUGGAAAAGAGAGUAAGAAAUUUAUCUCUGCAAGAAAAGUUUGACGUUGUCAAAAUGAUAACUGAAGAGAAAAAGACCGUCAAAGAAGCUGUGGUUAAGUUCAAGUGUGGCAAAACACAAAUUUACACAAUCAUGAAAGAAAAAGAGAAAAUCAUUGAAAAAUACAUGAGCAGCACAAAUGUCAAUGUCAAAAAAGAGAGGGAUGGAAAUUAUGCUGAAAUCAACAGAUCAGUUUUUGAGUGGUUUCUUCAAGCAUCUGCCAGAAACAUUCCCAUUUCAGGGCCAAUCCUGCAAGCAAAGGCAAAGGAAAUGGCAAAGUUUUUAAAAGUAGAUGGAUUCUCAGCCUCUAACGGGUGGCUUCAGAGCUUCAAAAAGAAGCAUGGAAUCACUUCCAGCGUAGCUUGUGAGCAGUCAAAUGAGUUUGAGAAAGAUAUUCAGAGUUGGUUCACAAAAUUGAAAGAGAUCAUAAGGGGAUACGAUCCUAAAGACAUUGCAAAUGCUGACGAGACUGCUCUGUUUUACAGGGCGAUGCCUCACAGGACCCUGAAAAUGAAGGGGGAAGAGUGCUCACGGGGCCGGUUUUCCAAAGAGCGGCUUACUGUCCUCCUGACCACGUUUGCAGAUGGGACAUUUGAGAAACCGUGGAUAAUCGGAAAGAGCGAGAAGCCACAAUGCUUCAGGAAUAUUGAGAUUAGUCAGCUCUCAGUAGAGUGGAAAUGGAAUAAAAAAGCCUGGAUGACGGGAGCAAUUUAUGAAGAGUUUUUAAAUAAACUCAACAAUAACAUGAAGAAGCAAAAUCGAAGCAUUCUGUUGUUUGUUGACAAUGCUAGCUGCCAUCGGUCAUUGCCCCUGUCCAAUAUUAAGUUAAUUUUUUUCCCACCGUCCACAACAGUAGUCCUACAACCAUUGGAUAAUGGCAUUAUCCAAAACAUUAAAGUAAACUACAGGAAGCUCUUGCUUCAGAAGGUGAUUGCUGGCAUUGAGAUGUGCAAGAUGGCAUCGGAGACUUGGGGGAAAAUCGAUAUCCUAGAUGCAAUUUCAUUUCUUAAGCGAUCAAUCAAAAUGAUUAAGGAAGAAACGGUAAGAAAAUGCUUUAAGAACUGUGGCUUCUUAUUUGGCAGUGGUGAUAGUGUACAAAAUGAAACAGUUCUUGAACCCGAUAACAUCAGGCAGCUUCAGGAUGCAAUAAACGACAUUUACAGUGAUGUUUCAGAACACAGGGUCAGUGCUGCAUGUUACAUUGAUAUUGACAAAGAUGCUGCCACCGAAAUGGAGGACAUGAACCUGCAAGAUAUUGUGGACUUACAGUCUAAAGAUGAGGAUGAUGAAGACGAUGAAGACUUGCCACCAGAAGAGCCUGAACCUUUAAGUCAGACACAAGUUUUCAACUAUAUAAAGGCUUUGAAGGAUUUUGGAAAAGUUAAAGGAGACCAGGAGUUCUUUUAUAAGGCUAAGGAGUUGGAAAUUUGUUUCAAUAAUUUCAUCCAAAAAUCGAAACAAACUAAAAAAUUGACAUUAGAUGUUUUUAUUAAAAAGUGA